AAGGUUAUUGGUGGACAAUUUGCAUGGCGUUUGAUCUUGCCCCUGUUUCUGUUUUGGGAGUUUGAAGCCAUUGUGGUCUUGUUUUCUCCGUUAUUUGAGCAUGUUGAUCUUCUUCUUUUUUCCCUUCUUAGAUUGCUUGAUGGACAGAAAUUGUCAUACUGUAUUGAAGAAACAAGAUUAUUGCUUCACAUUGUGCUUAACUUUCCCUCUUCUUUCAUCAUUUAUGCACCAUUUUGGCUUGGAUGAUGUGUUCUGUGUUAAUUUAUUUCAUAGUGCAGUAAUUCCAUGUUGAAAUAUGUAUUUCCUGUUGUGGACAAGUGUGGUCUAGUCAUUUAAUAAGCUACUACUAUUGUUCAUCCUGCUGAUGAAAUUUGGUGGAAUCUCCUAUACAAUUAAAUGACUAAUCAAGAGGUUAGCGUGUUGGAAUCAUUGCACUUCUCAUUAAAAUAAUUAGGUAGCAUGGACCUAAGUUCUUGACUUUUCUGUUUGGCGAUUGGUUUUUGUUUGGUCUAGAUUUUAUUUCUUGUCUUAGAAGGCAUCUGUGAUUCUUGAUUUCUUGUGACAUAUGCACUUAGUCGUUUUUCCUAUCUCAUUAAUAGUAUUUAACAAGGGAAGCUUGUUGUUUGGUCUAGUUCAUCUGUCGAUCGUCCUCCUUUUCGACAUUACAAUUUGAGUUCUUGAUUUGUCUUUUUGUAUCGUGUGAUUUGCUUGAGCUUUUCCAUGGUUGUGGGGUGUAGACUUUGGUUGAAUUUAUGAUAGUUGUUGCUGUUUUGAGUUGGUUCAUAAUGUAAAUUGUUAGGUCGUAGUUCAUUUUCAAUGAUUUUGGACUUACGAACUCUUGGUCCGAGAGGUUAAGAAGCCGUUCACUCCACCACGAGAAGUGCACGCACAAGUGACCCACUCGAUGCCCCGGGAAAAGAUUGAGAUCUUUAACUCGCUGCACGACUGGGCUGAGAACAACAUCUUGGUGCUCCUUAAGCACGUCGAGAAGUCUUGGCAGCCGACUGAUUUCCUGCCCGACCCUGCAUCGGAAGGCUUCCAUGAGCAGGUGAAGGAGCUCAGGGAACGGUGCAGGGAAAUCCCCGAUGACUACUUUGUGGUUUUGGUUGGAGACAUGAUCACGGAGGAAGCUCUCCCGACUUACCAGACGAUGAUCAACACUCUGGAUGCAGUCCGGGAUGAGACGGGUGCCAGCCCGACCCCCUGGGCUAUUUGGACAAGGGCUUGGACAGCCGAAGAGAAUAGGCACGGCGAUCUCCUCAACAAGUAUCUUUACCUUUCUGGCCGCGUCGACAUGAGGCAAAUCGAGAAGACGAUUCAAUACCUGAUCGGCUCGGGGAUGGACCCUCGGACCGAGAACAACCCGUACCUCGGAUUCAUCUACACCUCGUUCCAAGAGAGGGCGACAUUCGUCUCGCACGGGAACACGGCCCGGCUCGCCAAGCAACACGGCGACAUCAAGCUGGCUCAGAUAUGUGGGACCAUCGCCGCGGACGAGAAGCGCCACGAGACGGCCUACACCAAGAUCGUCGAGAAGCUCUUCGAGGUCGACCCCGACGGCACCGUGCUAUCCCUGGCCGACAUGAUGAGGAAGAAGAUCGCAAUGCCGGCUCACCUGAUGUACGACGGGAGCGACGACGCUCUCUUCGAGAACUUCUCUGCGGUCGCUCAGAAGCUCGGAGUGUACACAGCCAAGGACUACGCGGACAUCUUGGAGUUCUUGGUGGCGCAUUGGGAGGUCGAGAAGCUCACCGGGCUCUCUGGUGAGGGGCGGAAGGCGCAGGAAUACGUGUGCGGGCUGCCGCCUCGGAUUCGGAAACUGGAGGAGAGAGCACAGCAUAAAGCUAAAGGAAAGGCAGCGGUGAGAGUUCCAUUCAGCUGGAUAUAUGGUAGAGAAAUCAUGCUUUGAAGUUUAGGGGGUCUUCUUUACUAAUGUUUUUUUUGGUGUUUGUAUUGAUGAGUUUGUUAUGUGUUUUGGACGACGUCGUGUUAGUGGUACUAGUGUUUCAUUUUUCAUUUUGCUCUAUAAUUUUGGUUUUCAAUGCUAAAUUGUGGUAUGUUUAAUUA